UCGUUGAUUUUUUUUUUUUUAUUUUCUCUUGCGAUGUUGAGUUUGUAUCGACGCAUUGCACUAACGACCACAUGAACGCAGUACACACAAUCAAACACAUAAGAUAGUUUUCUUUCAACGACAUUCAAUCAGAUCAUUUUAUAUCGAGGCUUACUUCAUACCAAGAAAUGAACAACGUGUAUUUCUCAACAAAUUAAGUGACGUGAUUCCAUAUUCCACGAUUCCAUACCUCAUGAAUGCGAAAAUAAAAUAGUUGAUUUUGAGAAAUUUUAAAAUUGUGAAAGCGUGAAAAACAACAAUUUUUUUUUUCAAAAUUGGAUUAAUCUAGAAAAGUAAAACUGAUAUGGAUUGGGAAAAUGUAAUGGAAAAAAUGUUUGGCGAAUUCAAGGAUUAUACACUUGUUUCUUUGAAUAAAAUGAAGCAAAUUCUUAUACGCAAUGGCCAACCGAUGCAAACAGACAUCAAAGAACAUAUUUUGACCACAGCGAAAGCACGGUUAAAAGCAAUUCACGAUGGAAUGGAAAUCAGCUUUGUACUCGAAGAACAAAAUUUGAUGCAAACGACUUCGGAUGAAGACAAAAUGAAUUGCAGACAAACCGGAGAUUCCAUUAAAACUGACUUGAAUGUAGAAGCGACAAAUGGAAAUAAAAAGAUGACCAAUAAAAAUAAAACUGUAAACAUGGAAUGGAAACAAGAGUUGAAAGAGUUCUUUGUUUUACUAGAAAGAAAAGCCCGUAUUUCGCUGAGAGAAAUAAAAUUGGCGCUCAAUCGCACUGGACAAGCGAAUGUUCCGAACUUCAAAGAUUUCUUUUUGGAAACAUCAACUAAUUGCUUGAGAGAAGCGCUCAGUGAAUUCGAAAUCGAUUCGCGGCUUGAAGACUUUAAGGAGAAUGUACGUUCUUUAUUUCGUCCAAAAAAGAACAUCCCGCCCAAAAAUGAAACCAACACCUACUCGAAUGAGGAUAUUGAAACAAUCGAUGUGGAUGACUCAAGCGAUGAUGAUGAUGUAGUUGGAAAGACCGAUUUUUCUGAUAUUGAAGAAGCCAUUCCGCUAAUUGUUGUUGAGACGGAUCCACAAUAUGUAUCGUCAACUCAAUCUUCAGUUCCCCAUGGAAUGGCACUGCCGUUACAACACUAUCCCGUAUCAACACUAUCCCCUUCGAUGCAUUUGGCUGAAUCAAACGAAAUCGAACAUCUGACGAAUUCAUCUGUUCCAAAUCACCAAUGUAUUGAUUCCAAUGAUGGAGACCACUUUGUUUCUGGAAUGGGAAUUCAAAUUGAUGAUGCAGACCCAAAUCUUAGUGUUUUUGAUGACAGUGUAAUAGCAUCAUCGUUGAAUUGUACCACUUCUAGUGUGACACACGGUCCGUUUAUUCAAAAUAGUUUACCAAAUAGUAUUUUGAAUUCAACCAGCGGUCAGUGGGUCAAAUUCGACCGUGCCCAAUCGAAGUAUAAUGGUAAUUUGAAAGAAGUUAGCAAGACCAACAUAGCAAAUAAAAUAUCGAACCAACGUAAUGAUGAAGAAGUGAAAUCAAUGGACAAACCAACGCGCAUCCGUAAAUUACCUAUUCGAUAUAAUGAUUACAUCAGCGAAAAACCAAUGUGUAAACCAGCAAACAAAAAAAUACUAAUACGAUGUGCAUACUGUUUCCGCGGCUACUGCAAACAAACCGAAAGGGAUAAACACGAAAUAUUGUGUAAAAUAACACGAUAUGAGUGUCACAUUUGCAAAAAGUUCAUCACUGUGAAUUUUGCUUUAUUAAAAACGCAUAUGCGCAAGCAUACCGGUAUAAAACCGUUCCAAUGUUCUUAUUGCUUGAAGCGUUUUUCGCAAAAAGGCAACCUAAAUGCUCAUUCGGUUAAGAAACACCUAUGAUUUGAAUAUGAAUGAUCGAAAAAUAAAAAUCAGUAAAUUGAACAAAAAACAAUCCGUUGAAUCGGUAGUAAAUAAAAUGUUGCCUCGGUUAUUUAUUAAUUUAGGAAAAAA